AUGGCACCAUUCUUGGGUCUUCGAGGCAAUCGCCUAAACUUCGCUGGGCUUUUCGGCGUGAUGAUGCCAUCCUUCAUCGCUUUAGGCUAUAACCAGGCUCUCCUGGGUGGAAUCUUGACAUUGGAUGCAUUUGAGAAACAGUUCCCAGAGAUCAGUGUGGUCGAUGCCGCACCUCAAGAAAAGGGCCGCACUUCAGCCAUUCAAGGCACCGUGGUCGCUCUUUACGCAGUGGGAGGUCUUUUUGGUGCUCUCAGCUGCAUUGGUUUAGGAGACGUCUUUGGUCGUCGCCGAGUUAUUAUGGCUUCCGCCGUGGUCCAGCUGAUCGGGGCGGUCUUGUUGACAGGCUCAUUUGCCUUCGAACAACUCAUCGUUUCUCGAAUAAUUCUUGGUCUCGGGACAGGUGGUCUAAUGGCCACAACACCUGUCUGGCUUUCAGAGAUCUCUUCGUCUGAAAGGCGUGGUGCGAAUGUGUCUACCUCUGGGCUUUCCGCCGGCCUGGGAGCAACCAUUGCUCUCUUGGUGGAUUUCGGAUUGUCGUUUGCGCCUGGCAGUGUAGGCUGGCGUUUCCCUGCCGCAAUUCCAGUGCUCAUUUCGCUUAUAAUUCUCGGCUUCAUCUACUUCCUCCCAGAAUCACCGCGAUGGCUGAUUCGCAAGAAUCGCAUCGACGAGGCCCGCGUGAUCCUCACCGCAUUGGAUGAGAUGAGCAUUGGCAAUGGGAAAAUCGAAGGGGAAAUUAAACAAGUCAAAUCGUCCCUUGAGUUGGCUGGCGGAGGCUCAUUUGGAAAGAUCUUUCACAUGGGCCCCCAGAGGGUGAUCCACCGUGCAGCGUUGGCUGUUAUGGUGACGAUGUUCAUGCAGCUCACCGGGUUCAACGCCAUGACCUUUUACACAACUACUAUCUUCGAAAGUUAUCUGCAUCUGGACUCGGUCAGGUCAAGGAUCCUGGCAGCGAUGUAUCAGCUCACCAGCCUGAUCACGGGCACGAUCUGCGUCUUCACUAUUGAAGGACUCGGUCGCCGUACCUUAUUGCUUGGCAGUGCAGCAGGAAAUUGUAUCUGUAUGGCAUUGAUUGCUGCACUUGGCUCUCAGCCAGAAAAUCCAAAGGCGAUGCACGGCGCGGUGGUCUUCGUUUUCCUAUAUCAUAUGAUCUUCGUCGGUGGAUUUGGCGGGGUAUCAUUCCUCUAUGCAACUGAGAUCGCCCCAUUGCACCUGCGAGCCACAAUCAACGCUUUGGCCGUUGGUACCUUUUGGGCAUUUUGCGUUUUGAUCGUGGAAGUCACUCCCAUUGCCAUUGGAUUCAUGCAGUGGCGUUUCUUCAUCAUAUUUGCUGGGUUGAAUGCCACGAUUAUGGUUGUGGUAUAUUUUCUCUUCCCCGAAACGAGUGGAAGGAGCUUGGAAGAAGUUGAUCAGAUAUUUGUCAAGUCUUCUAGUAUUUGGGACUCGGUGUGGGUGGCACAACGUUUGCCCCGAUCGUUGGGAGAAGGCGAGAUGGGAGAGAUGAGCCCGGAGAAUCAUUCCAAGACGUCUGUUUGA